AUGGUGAAAGUGGUUGAACAACGUGAGGAGGAUGUUAAAAUUCAGGCGAAAAAAUGUGAGGAGUGUACUGCCGAACUGGAAAAUAAGGAAAGACAAUUGGGUUUGGUGAAAGAUUGGAUUCUGGUAUGUGAAUUGGGUUUGAGUUCUAGGGAAAAUGAAUUGCAUUUGGUUUGGCAAGAGAUUAAGGAUUGCAAAGUGAUGCUCAGUGUGAAAAAAGAAAAAUUGAGGUCGGUGCAGACAGAUAUUGAAUUGAAGGAGAGAAAUUUGGGUUCGUUGGAGAGGUUAUCUGAAGAGCUUUGCAAGGAGAUUUUUGAGAAAGUUGAGAAAUUGGGAUCUGUACGGAAGUUGGUUGAGGAACAAUCUAAGGAGCUUGAAUUCAAUGGGAGGGAGGUAGAAAAAGUAAAAAAGUUGAUUGCGAAUUGUGGUUGUGAUCUUGAGUUAAAACAGAAGGAGUUACGAAAGGUGUGGAACUUGAUUGAUGAUUGUAAUGGUGAGCUUUCAUCGAAGGAGAUGGCAUUGAAGAUGUUGCAGGAGAGGAGUUCUGCUGAAUUUGUAUACGUAAAUGAGCUUGAUUGUAAAGAGAAGGAACUGAAUCUAAUACAAAAAUCGAUUGUGGAGAGCUCAAAAGAGUUUGAUACGAAAAAACAACAUCUUGGAUCUAUCAGUUUGUUGAUUGAUGAAUAUACAGCAGAACUUGAAACUAAAGAGGAGCAAAAUGAUGGACUAAAGAAGUCUAUCAAUAAGUGCUCUGCAGUGCUGAAAUCAAAAGAGACUGAGUUGAAAAAACUUGAAUCAAAAGAAGAGGAGCUCAAUAAAAUCAAAGGAAGAAUAAAUGCGUACAAUAAAGAGCUUGAAUCAAGAGAGAGGGUGUUCAAUGCCAUUCAAAUGUCCAUUGAAGACCGAAGUGAGGAACUUACAGGGAAGGAGCAGCAACUGAAAUCUGUCCAACUAUCAUUAGGAGAAUGUGAGACAGAACUUGAAGAAAUGAAGGAACAGAAAAAUUCAAUCCAAAAAUCAAUUGUGGAAUGCUCUGAGGAACUUCAACCAAAAGAGAAGAACCUUGUUUUGACAAGAGAAUCUCUCAGAGAAUGCUGUGACGAGCUGGAAUUGAAAAAGGUGCAGUUGUAUUCAAUUCAAAGAUCUUCCCACGAGUUGAAAAAGAAGUUUGAAGAAAGAGAGAAACAUCUCAAUUCACUUGAAAAUACAUUAGACGAACGCUUGAAAAAUCUUGGAGUGAAGGAGAGGCAGUUUGAAGAACGUGUCAAGGAGAUUGAAUUGAAAGAGCAACUAUUACGUUCAAUGCAAAAAUCAGUAGAACAACGCCAUAAAGAAGUGGAAAUUCUUCUCAAUGCUUUUAGCAAGUUAACAAUUGUAUUGCUGAGACAUGGAUUGUUCACUUUUUCUGGUUCUAAGGCCUGGUUUAAUGCUCCCUUCCUGCUGGAUGUCUUGAGAAAUCCCAGGUCUGAGUGUAGGGAAAUUGGUUGUUUAGGCAAGGGUCUAGGUAGCAACAUCCUUUCUUUGCAUGCCAGGAUUGACCAAACAGAUGUUAGGAAUCCAAAACAUGCUUCAUCUUCAACCUUUCAAUUCAAUGCCACCGCCAGUGAGAGGAGUUCACAACCGGUAAAUGAGUGCGUGAACACGCACCAUCUGAUGCACCUUGGAGUUUCAGUCGAACCAGCAAAGUAUGUUUUGGAUUUUAUGCUCUGGUCAUUUUCCCAGAAUUGGAAGAAUGGAGUUGCAGGCUUGGAUGCAAGUGUCAAGAGGAAUCAUGUUCUUCUAUUGGAGCAUCUAAUGAAAGUCUCACCAAAAAUAAGUCCUCAGGUGAAAGAAGAUGCAAUAAAGCUGGCGGUUAUUUGGGAAAAGAAUAUAAGAUUGGAGACUGAGGAUUCUAUGGAGGUUUUGAUGUUUUUGUUUUUUUUGGCCAUAUAUGGAUUGGUUUAUUGUUUCAGCAGAGACCGAAUUUUAAGACUUAUUGGAACUAUUGCUCACAAAAAAGAGGCUCCUGAAAUAUUCAAGGCCCUCGGUUUUGCAGAUAAGGAUCUGGUUCCGGUUUUUAUUGAGAAUCUUUUUGGAAACAAGCAAUAUAUUGCUGCUGCUAGGUUUAGUUAUGCAUUUGGGGUGGUCGGCAGGUUUUCACCAGAACUCAUCUUAAAAAAAUACAUGGAGGAUGCCUGUUCGUGCAAGGGAAUAGAUAAUUCGAAUGAAGCACAGGCAUGUGGUAAGGCCAUAGACGAAGCUUUAUCUGCUCUUAGAUCCAUGGCGGAACUUGUAGCAGAUUGCAAAUAUGAAUCGAGAUACAUGAUUGAGGAUAUUAUUCGUUCCGUUUCUGCUCUGGAAAAGAGAAAGGCAGCCUGGACUCUCUCCUUACAAUAA